UAUAAAGGUAAUGUAUUAUUAUUAUUAUUAUUACUAUUAUUAUUAUUAUUAACUUAGGAGCCCUGAGGAAGGCUCCCACUGCUUGCUCGGGCCAGUAGGCCCUGUCUCCCACUCCCUCUCCGUCUCUGUGCCUGUGCCAGCUGCAUGGUUUGAGGGGGGAAAGCACAUCCAUGGAGAGUGCUCAGCAGCGAGGGCUUGAUGAAUGGCUUCAUUGACACCCCCCUCAGGGAUUGUGCUUAUCCUUCCUUCCCAGUCCCUCCCCGCCGGCCGUGGUGUGUGGACUUUAGACUCAACUGCAGAGGCGGUUCAAAGAUGUGAGGUUGGAGUUCCCAUUGAUUCACAGGGAUUGCUGAAUGCGACUACUAGCUCUUUUGACAUAUAGGCAGACAGGAUGUUUGUGUAUGUGCUUCUCACAUCUUUGGUGCUCCUGGGAAUAUGUUUAGUUUUGCGUCAUAGAUUUUUGAAACUGCCAAUGUGCAAAAGUACAGCACAACUUCAUGGGAAAACUGUUAUUAUAACAGGGUCUAACUCGGGUAUUGGAAAGCACACUGCCCUGGACUUGGCCAGAAGGGGCGCUAGAGUCAUUCUAGCCUGUAGAGACCAACAGAGAGCCCAAACGGCAGUCAGAGAAAUCCGAAUGAGCAGCGGAAACAGCGAGGUUAUGUACAUGCACUUGGACCUGGCAAAACUACAGUCGGUGCGCUCCUUUGCUGAAGAUUUUCUUAAAAGAGAGGCCAGACUUGAUAUUCUCAUCAAUAAUGCAGGCAUUGCAAUCGAUGGCAAGACUGAGGAUGGCUUUGGAAUGAUCUUUGGUGUCAAUCACCUUGGUCACUUCCUGUUAACCCUUUUGCUGCUGGAGCGGCUGAAAGAGUGCGGUCCGAGUAGAGUAGUGAAUGUGUCCUCCAUUGGCCAUCGAAUGGCGAGCGUGGACUUCAACUGCCUCAGCACCCACAGAGACCUGGCCGUGGGCUACUCGGGCGUGGACGUGUUUGCCGUCUACUGCCAGAGCAAGUUGUGCAAUGUGCUCUUCACACACGAGUUGGCCAAAAGGCUCGUGGGCACAAAUGUAACCUGCUACAGCCUCCAUCCAGGCGUGAUCAAGACGGACAUCGCCCGCCACGGUGGUGCCGUGUGGAGGAGUCUCUGGUCGCUCCUGGGCCGGCUCUUCUUCGCCGACGUGGAGGCGGGCGCCCAGACCACCCUGCACUGUGCCCUGCAGCAGGGCAUCGAGCCUCUGAGCGGACGCUACUUCGCCCGCUGUGCCGUGGAGGAGGUGGGCCCCAAGGCCAGGGACGACGCGGCCGCCAAGAAACUGUGGGAACUGAGCGAGCACUUCUGUGGCCUGUAGGCAAAGAGGCCAGAGGGGCAGAGGGCCCUGCAGGGGCAAGAGAGGCAGUGGGGAACAGAGGCAAGACAGGACGGUCAAUCUGGACAGGGCCUCAUUCGUGUCCGUUUGCCCAUGUUAGCUGUGCCAUUUUUCUGACCACAUGCUGUGUGCACACCCAAGCUAGGCUAGAUGUUUACAAACAUUGAAGGGGUCUAUAGCUCACAGACUUACACUACUUGAAUUGAAGUAUUACAUUUAAAGGUCUUGUAUUAAAGUUUAUCUUUAAACUUUACAGAUGGACUGCAGUCUAUUUAUCUGUAGACUGUGUAUCUGUACACUUUUAUCACUAAGCUGGCUUUUCUUUUUCUAAACAGUGUCGAGUUACUAGCUGGGUGGACCCAGACGAACCUGUUAGCAAAUUGGGAUUUGCUCUGCAGGUUGGUCUGGACAGGGCCUCAUUCAUGUCCGUUUGCCCAUCGUCCAUAUCCAUUAAUGUCCAUUUGCCCAUCGUCCAUAUCCAUUCAUGUCCGUUUUGCUCACAAGUUUGUCUGGGUUCACCCAGGCUAUCAAGUUACAGUGUCAGUGGACUAUUUGCUUAGACUUUUGCUUUCCCGUUUUAAUUAUUAAAACUACGACCCCUCAAUUUUGGUCCAUCGGUACUGUUCAAGGGGAAUGAGUCUCGUGCUAAUUCCUGGAAAUGUAUAGGCAUAAUCCGUACCACUAUGAAUGUGCGGAAUGUUUUGAUAAGAUCAGCAUUUCCACAUGUGUGGCGGUUUCCUGAAAAGAACACAAGUAAUGACACAAGUUGUGCUGUUUCCUGCUGUUGUGACUGCAGAGUUUAGUUUAGACUGAAGAGUUUAUCGGUAAUAUUUGAUAGAGAACCU